UUCUUUUCCUCGGCCUUGUGUUUCCUGAAAUCUUGCAAGGGCCUCAAAGAAGAGGUUUCCAUCCCUAGCCUUGGCGGCAUGUCACAGGAGGACGGACGCAGGGUUCCGGUUUCGCAGUCCUAUUGUCACCCCCCUGUUCCAGAUCUGGACCAGACGAGCAAGCUUUAUAAGAGGGAGGUUGGUGGUAAGCCUUACUCUGUGUUAGUGGACAAUAAAAUGGCAGCCAAGACAUUUGCUGGAGACCAGAACAUUGGUCAGCUGCCCUCUCAACAUGCGACUCAACAGCAACAUCAGCAGUAUUUCAGAGAAGGAGGACCGGGGCAGGAGGUUGGGACGCAAGGGUCCCAGGCCGGCAACGAUGGCACAUCUGACGACUCGGAAGAAGACUCAGAAGAAGAGGGUGAGGAUGAGGACAAGUGGGGAGGAGGGGGCUUCAAGCGUGAGCAGAUCAUUGUCGAGGUCAACCUGAACAACCAAACUCUGCAUGUUUCCAAGGGAGACAACAAAACAGGAACAGCAGCAGAUGACUCUGACAGAGAUGGGAGCGACGAUGAUGAGGAGGAUGAGGAGGAAGAGGAGGAGGAUGAGGAGAGCCCUGAUGACGAAGAGGAAGAAGACGAUGAGGAAGAUGAGAUUGAGAGUCGGAGAACAAGGUCAAAGAGGGUCUGCAGGGUUGCUAGUAGCACGGCAGCACCCAGCCUGCCACGGAGGAAAAGCCUCCGAACUUCCCUAAGCACAGCCUCAGCCGGAAUGACCACAAGGGGCCGGAGGAAGCGCAUGGAGCCUCCAAAGAGCAAGCGCAGGUCAGCCAGAUCAGCCCCAUCGUCUGUCGGUGUCACGACAACCGGAGGGAGAGCGGAGGCGGAGGAGAAGGAGCUGCUAGCGUGUGAGAAGUGCCCCCGAGUGUUUAACACGCGCUGGUACCUGGAGAAGCACAUGAACGUUACACACAGGCGAAUGCAGAUCUGCGACAAAUGUGGCAAAAAGUUUGUCCUGGAGAGCGAGCUGGCCUUACACCAGCAGACUGACUGUGAGAAGAACAUCCAGUGUGUCUCCUGCAACAAGUCUUUUAAGAAGCUGUGGUCACUUCAUGAGCAUAUUAAGAUUGUGCACGGCUAUGCAGAGAAGAAGUUCUCGUGUGAAAUCUGUGAGAAGAAGUUCUACACUAUGGCUCACGUCCGUAAGCACAUGGUCGCUCACACAAAAGACAUGCCAUUCACCUGCGAGACAUGUGGGAAGUCGUUUAAACGCAGCAUGUCUCUAAAAGUUCACUCGCUCCAGCACUCUGGAGAGAAACCCUUCCGUUGUGAGAACUGUGACGAGCGAUUCCAAUACAAGUACCAGCUGCGCUCCCACAUGAGCAUUCACAUCGGACACAAGCAGUUCAUGUGCCAAUGGUGUGGCAAAGACUUCAACAUGAAACAGUAUUUUGAUGAGCACAUGAAAACACACACAGGAGAGAAGCCUUUCAUUUGUGAGAUUUGUGGGAAGAGCUUCACCAGCCGGCCCAACAUGAAGCGCCACCGUCGCACUCACACUGGGGAGAAGCCAUAUCCCUGCGAGGUGUGCGGCCAACGCUUCCGCUUCUCCAACAUGCUCAAAGCACACAAAGAGAAGUGUUUUCGGGUCACCAGUCCUGUCGUUCUGCAGACCAGCGGCCCCCCUGUGCCUGUUCGCAUCUUUGCCAACUCCUUCUCCUCCUCUUCCUCUGGUCCUGGCCCCUCAGCUGCCACCCCGGCCACCACCUCAGCACCCCUUGGCCUCAGUCCGACAGGAGCAUCCAUACCUCCACGAGGCCCUUUGGGACAUGCAUUCUCCCAUGUACAGCUCCACUCAACUCCCUCUCACCACCACCCACUACCGCAGACAACCCAGCAACACCUCUCAAACACACCCCAACACGCCCCACCUCACCCCCACCACCACCUGGCCGUGCCCCCGGUCUCCCACCUGCCCCCACCCCCGGCUCUUUUUAAGAGUGAGCCAUUAAACCACUGCGGGCACGAAGACAGCAGCUACCUGCACCAUAUGGCCACCCCUGACAAGGGCCCCGGGGGGCCCCACAGCAUCACUGAAGCGUGCUCCAGCUCUCUACAGGCCCACACCGUACCUGGCCUUGAUCCCCCUGUUCUCCAAACCCUUCCUCAGUAUCACAGUUGGUCGGUUGCACCUCUAAAAAGAUUUAAAUCAUUCAAGCUAAACAUGCACACUUUGUGUGUCUGUGAAUCAGACUGAUACACCCGACGUGCACACAUAAUUUAAGAAAUACCCUGCUCAACUGACAAAGAUUAUACAACCUCUAGAUUAUUUUUGGUGUACAUUUUCUUAGAAAGUUUACACAAGAUAACCUCUGUGCGAGCUCUGGAUUGUACAUUGACAGGUGUAAAGUUUCUCGUUUUCAUCUUAAGCUGCUGAUGGAAGUUGAAAUAUGUGUUACCUGUUUUUCUUGGGUCAUCAAGGAUCAGUGUCAUUGAAAUUUCCCUUUCAUGUGAAAUUCUUGACUCAUGGUUGAACACUGGUCUGGACUCUGGCUUUGUGUGCGGGUUCUCCCCAUAGCAAUACUUAACUUGUCCUCCUCGUUGUACUGCAGAGAAUGUUGGAACUGGUUCUACUUGAACCUUCGUCUUGUCCUAUGGCCAAUGCAAAGGCUUUCUGUCAGAAGAGCAACAGCAGUAGUGUCGGGUGACAGUAAGGGUGGGGGGAGGGGCUAUUUUUGUAAUGGAACUUGGCAAAAAGGUUUUGUAAAUGUUUGUAGAAUCUAGUAAAGUCUGGAUUCAUCUCAUGGUUAUCAACGGUGCUUUCCAUUCCAGUAUAAAAACUAUUUCUUAAUUUUUCUUUUCCGUUUGAUUUUCAGAGGUGUAAUAUAACAAAAUAACAAAACGUGUAUUGUGUCAUACAGAACAUGUCUUGCCAGCCUGGCUGUUUUACAGUGGCUUUGAGAUUUGACCAGAUGUUUUAUGAUGACGAAACUCAAGUUAUGCAGGACAUGCCGUAGACAUGCACACUCAAACCUUCACACUUACUCCAAGCAAGCACACACACACACACACACACACACACACACACACAAAGGCAAAGAGCAUAUUGUCACUGAUUUACUUGCUGUUAUUGGUGCAACCUCAGCUCUCAGUACUGUUGGUCAACAUAUGCUUCUAGAUAACAGAUGACUGUCAAAUACUGCCACUGUGAGGGGCCAGAUCAUGGCCCCAUCAGGAUUUACCCCAACCUCCUUUCGCUGCUGUCCAAAUGAUACGGGUUACCAUGUUAAAGGUCAUUUGACACACACAGUAUACACAUCUGGGACCUUUCUCUUCACAGUUCUUAACAGGCAAAAUAUGCAUAUUCCUCUCAGCCUAUAUUCCACAGUUUGGUGUUUGGGGGGGGGUUCUUGUGAUGUACAGGUUAUUUUGUUUGUUUUGUUGUUCACUUCUAUCAUACUGGCAAACUCUGAUUUACAACGGGCAACCUGUCGAAUGUUGCCUAAGCAGAAAUGAUUGCUGAAGAGUCAUUCACGUCUUUUAUUUUUUUAAUGUUCUCUGAUCAUUUGCUCAGUUUUAAGCUAAUGAAUGGUUCUGCAGUGUAGAUAUACUGUUGUUAGCACAUGAUAGGAAAUGUCAGGAUAAAAGGCAGUGAUACCAUUUUUAAUACUUUGUAUAAACAAAUAUGUGAUCAAGUCAGCGAUAGAAAUUACAUUAUUGAUGUAAGAGCCGAUGGUGUGAAUGUUUUUAGGUUCAAACAAGCAGAUAUGAAUUUGGAUUGCCUGGUCGGUAGCCCUUCACCCAUUCUGACUGCUAUCUGAUGUGUGUGUAGAGGGGGUAGCAUCGAGCUGUGUGUGUGUGUGAGUGAGUGAGUGAGAGAGAGAGAGAGAGAGAGCAUGCAUAGGCCUCUACCAGUCUUUGUCUGGUUAUCCCCAGUGCUCUUGUACCAAAAGCUGCUUUUACACAGUGUGCCCCAUAUAUAUAGUUGCAUUUCGGGAUAUCGGAAAUGGACAAUAGCAGUAAAUUGAACUCAUUCUUUCUACUGCUCAAACAGAAUCUAGUCUGAAGUGGUUAAGCUCAGUAGUUUAGGAUGCCCCCUUCUUUAUUUGAGACCUGCAAUUAUCCUGCCAUUUCUGCGGGUCUUGAUAACCGCUGCAUUUUCUGCUUCACCCUGUCCCCUCACUGCUGUGCUUCAGCAUUUUGCAGUAUGGAUCUUUUGUCUUUUUUUUUUUUUUUUUUUAAUUAUUAUUAUUUUAAAGCCUUUUUUCUUUUGUGUGUAUUCUCUGCACUUUACUGCUGCGUGGGAGAGGCGCAGGGAAAGGAGGGACUGACAAUGCAUUGUGGAACAGAGUGCAGUUACGGCUGCAUGGGAAAAAAAGGUGGAGGCGAUUACUUUGAGUGGAUGUUUUUAGGCAAGGAAAGGAGGAGAAUCCCGGGUAGAGUUGGUUCAUUUGGAGGGGGACCAGAGCAAAUGAAGGACAUUUCUUUUAUUAAGUGCACACAGUUAAUUCCCUACUCUUCAAAGAGGAACACAUUUGCUCCAGCACGGACCUCCGCUAAAAGUGAAAGUAUUGUUCUUUGCUUUGGCGACUUUACACAAGCCUUUUCUGAGCAGUCUGAAAUACAUUCUUCUGUUUACUUCAUUCAGAGUUUCUCUCUACCGUGUCCUGUUUGGUCUCUCAGUUUGCCGAAUGAUUCUCCUCCUCCUUUCUUUGUUAUAUAGAAUGCACUUUCUACUAAAAUUCUUGGCUAGUUAAGAAAAAAAAUAACAUUGUAUGUUCUUUAAAGAUGUUUAAAAAAAAUCAAUAUAAUUUUUUUUUCCCCCCUUUGUAUUUUUAACCACUUAAUGUAGCAUUGUGUAUUUUAUUAUUGUAUCUGGUACAAAAUGUGCAGCUUUAUAAUGUCCUGGUUUGUCCUUUUUUUUGUAUGUUAUCUGGAGAUUGGGGAGAAGUGGAAAAAGUUGGGCCUUUUUUGAUAAUGUACAUUUAACUGACUGCUAACUUUGAAAGUAAAAACAAGUAGCCAUGAUUAUCACA